AGGUCGCUGGAUGGAUAACGAUGGCAACGAUUUGCAGAGGAGAGGAUCGGAAUGGAUAGGUACAAAGUGGAAAAGGAGAGAGAUGAUGAAAAGGAGGCUGAGAAGCAGAAUCAAGCGCCCAACAUCACGCCGAUGAAGCCUGUAACCCAUCAUACAUACGGCGGAGGAAUGUACGGCAACGAGGCUGGGCAAGCACGGACCAAACCGACAAAGCCACCGGCGAGUGAAACCCAGAGUGCCGAUGGUCCUGUAGAGGACACCACCAAACCCAAGCACACCCCUCCUCCUUCAACCGGUGAUCGAGAUGUUGAUAUCACUGGUCGAUCUUACAUCCAGUAAUCUGCUAAUUAAUGACUUUCUCGUUUUCUUCUUUUUUCUUUUUCAUUCGAAGUACGUGUUGGAAUUUGUACUGACCCAGUUUGUUGUCUCUAGUGAUUUCAUUAAACA